AUGCAUGAAGAAAUUCUCAACCCUCAUGUGGUGCAUACGUUCCGCGCGCACAGAGGCGAAGUCGUGUGUGCGGACGUAAGCGGCGCACUGUUGGCAACGGGCGGCGGCGAAGGCGCGCUGCGGCUGUGGCGCUGGCGGCGCAGCGCCGGCUGGCUGGAGGCGGCCGGAGCCCCGGGCGCACAUCGGUUUGGCGUGACGGCGGCACGCUGGACGCCCAGCGGUGCGCUCCUCGCCUCCGCGGGUGUCGACGGCGCCGCGAGAAUAUGGACCAGAGAGCUGAGGCAAAGGCGCAUGCUGGCGGCGCCGGGAGCGACCGCAGCGCGCUCGCUGUGCUGGUCCGGCGUGCGGCUGCUCGUCGGGCACGAUGAUGGCGCACUGUGCGUGUGGUCACCGCGUCGGGGCACGCUACUGGCGCGGCUGAGACCGUGCGAGGGUUCGCUGCACGCACUCGCUGCAUUGCCCUCCGCCGCUCUGCUGCUCGUCGCCUGCACCACUGGCACACUCAAAUUCUUCGACCUUAACGGUAAUAACACACAGGAUGUCCGGCAAAAACGUGUACAAUAUACUACCACUGAUUCGCGAACGAACUCCGAUACUCAUUAAAUCGUAUGUAAAGAACUGUAGAAUAGAAAAACGCGGAAAGUGCUCCUAACACGCACAAAAAACGUCUGUCUAAA